CGUGGAGAUGGGACAGCCUGGUGACCGGGGACGGGGGAACCGGGCACUGCCGGCCUCCUGCCGGGGAGAGGACUCAGGUUGUUCAAGGCUGUGCCCCAAGCUGACAAGACCAUCCUAAGAACAGCACUCUCUCACUCAUGGACUGCUAUAUCAUCAUGCUGUGGAGGUGGCUCCCCCCGUCCUGUCAGGAGGUGAGACGUUGCUGUGACUACGACUGACUCCUCAGAUGUGGAAUGUCUCCUGACCUGUCGCGGCUCAGAACUGCAGGACGCUGCCGGUGGUGAUAGUGGUUGCAAUGGCUGCUGGGAUCCUGGUACAGAAUGACUUGUUGUGUUGUACAGCUGCAAACAAUAUGCGGCAAGCAGCAAUGAGUUCAGGUAGCGGAAGACGUCCGACUUCAAAAUACACCAAAGUGGGCGAACGUCUGCGCCAUGUCAUCCCGGGCCACAUGCAGUGUUCGAUGACGUGUGGAGGACGUGCAUGUAAAUAUGAAAAUCCUACAAAGUGGAGCGAUGAGGAACAAGCUAUUAAGGGACUGUACUCCUCCUGGAUCACUGACAAUAUCCUGGCAAUGGCAAGGCCAUCCACAGAAAUCAUAGAGAAGUAUAACAUCAUAAAGCAGUUCCAGAGCUGUGGAAUAAAAACAGUAAUUAAUCUCCAGCGUCCCGGGGAGCACGCCAGCUGUGGGAAUCCUUUGGAGCAAGAAAGUGGGUUCACAUAUCUUCCAGAGGCCUUUAUGGAAGCAGAAAUCUAUUUUUAUAAUUUUGGAUGGAAAGACUAUGGCGUCGCCUCUCUGACAACCAUUCUUGACAUGGUUAAAGUUAUGUCUUUUGCCUUACAAGAAGGGAAAGUAGCUGUUCACUGCCAUGCCGGGCUUGGGCGGACAGGUGUGUUAAUCGCUUGCUAUCUAAUAUUUGCCACCAGGAUGACUGCAGACCAAGCAAUCCUUUUUGUACGCGCAAAGAGACACAAUGCGAUUCAGACCCGGGUCCAGCUCUUAUGUGUCCGAGAGUUCACCCAGUUUUUAAUCCCGCUGCAUAAUGUCUUUUCUUGUUGCAACCCCAAAGCCCAUGCAGUCACUUUAUCACAGUACUUAAUUCGGCAGCAGCACCUACUACACGGAUACGAAGCACGACACCUGAAAUAUGUGCCAAAAAUUAUUCACUUAGUGUGUAAGCUAUUGAUAGACUUGGUUGAGAACAGGCUGGUGGUAGAGGAGCAGAUACUAGAUGUUCCGGAUCUCUCUGCUGAGAUAGAAAAGACGGUGGCUCAGCUCCCCACAGAGCAACUCGAAAAAGUAUUAGGCAGUGAUAUUGGCACAGUGGAUGCCCUGACCCAUUCGGUCACCACUGCAGCUUGCUACGGGGUUCAGGACUCAGUAUUGUCCAGUGAACAGGAGUUUGACCCUUUAUGGAAACGGAGGAAUGUAGAAUGUCUCCAGCCUUUAUCUCAUCUGAAGAAACGGUUAAGUUAUAGCGACUCAGACCUAAGGAAGGCCGAGAUUCUUCUAGAACAGGGUGAGACUCCUUGGACAGAACCGUCACAGAUGACUUUCUUAAAUAAGUUAAAUGAACAUUUGAGGCUAAAGCAUUGCUUUGCAUCUGGAAACCAUGAGGAAGCUCACCCCAUACCCACGCCAAAUUUGAAGAAAGAACCCUGUGUGCCCUCUGCAUUCUCUUUCUGGAGUCAAAGUAAGAUGGGCAGCAUUGAUGCUCCUCGAGAGAACUCUCCGCUGUUUCAUAGGCGGAAAUUUCCCAGGGAAAUACACAGAAGCCGCACCUUUUCCUUAGGGUUUUCCUCACCAUUAUGUGGCCAAACAUCAGACUCAGAAUUCUCAGCGCCAAAUAUUACUUCUCAGGACACGCCAGACUGUAAUUGUGUCACAAAAAGCAGCAAUGUCCUGGAGGAUGAUGAAGAUGAGGAUGAUGAUAUCGAGGCCACAUCUCCAAAAGUGACAUUUUAUCUUGGAAGUAAUGAGACGACAGAAGUCAUCCCACAGAUUGUGCUGCAGUCUGAGUUAAACCUGGAGGCCAGGAGUUUGCUAGCCGCCAAGGCCUUGGCAAAUCUGGACUGUGAUGAUGCAGAAGAGAUAGCCGAAAAAGUCUUUACAUGGCAGAAAGAGUUAAAUUCCAGAGAGGCGGCCUGGGAUCGGAUCUGCGCAGAGAGAAAUCCUUUUGUCCUAAGCAAUUUAAUGUGGUCCUGGAUCGAACAGCUGAAGGAACCAGUGAUCACGAAGGAGAGCGUUAAUUUACUAGCGAGUUAUGGCAGCGAUCCGGAGAAUGCCCUCUACCUGCUAGAAAAGGGGCAGCAUCAAUCAAUCUUGUGCAUUUUGCAAUGUGUGAGUAACCUGCAGCCGCUCCCCUCUGACAUAGAGGAUGCAAUACUGACACGAAUGAUCACAGCCUUCACUAUGAUCAGUCAAGAUUCAGAAAACCGUUCUCUGAUUUAUAAUACUUUGAAACCAAUCUUUAAACAUGCCUUGACGGACAUCCGGAAAUAAAACAUCCAGGGCAGCUGUCCGGUGCACAAGCUUGGCCUUGCUAUGUUAAAGCUUCUGUGCACUUUUUAAUUGUAAGGUUUGUGUUUACAUGUUGGCUACGUAAAGGGCUCAGACUACAGAGAAUGUAGAAAACUCUAGGGGACUUCUUGUCAUGUUAGCUAUUUUAUCUUACUAUUUGUUUCUUAUAAGCUCAGUUUACUGUGUUUUGCGGCACCUUUAUGUGUCUGUGGGCCAGUUUAUUUUUUGUAACUAGUUGUUUGAAAUGUAUCCGUUGUAUUUAUUAUGUUAUUGGGCAUACUGCUAGAAUGAAGGUGCAGAAGGUGCCCUUAGGACGCACUGUGAAAUAUAAUAUGAAGAAUUGGAUACAGCAGGCCAGACAAUAUUAGGGUGGACCUGCUUUAGUAUAUAUAUAUAGAGCCAUACAUUUAUGAACGUUUCGGGUAUAAUGCCUAGAGAGCAUCUGUCAAUAGAUAGAUCGCUUGUAAUAAGAUGCCUAAAUUGCCCCUAAACUGUUCAUUGAGGAAGUUGAACUCCAAAACAUACUGUAUGCGAAGAGUAAUGCACAUACCAUUGAGAUCACUUGGGAAGUAUAAAGUAUCUGAACAGUUUCCUCCAUAUGUUUUGAUUAAGUCUUCAUAGGGAAAUAUCUAGAGGAUGUUAGGUUUAAAAAGGGUACUCCGCCCAUAGACAUCUUAUUCCCUAUCCAAAGGAUAGGGGAUAAGAUGUCUGAUCGUGAGAGUCCCGCAGUUGGGACCCCCGAUAACCCUGUGCAGCACACGGCGGUUGUUUAGAACACUGGGUGCGGGUGUCGGGGGUCAUGGCGGCACAGUCAUGCUCCCUCGU